AUGAUGCAUAAAAAAGAUCGAAUGCGUAAAAUAGCGAAGAGAACGGGUGAUCAUACGGACAUUGAGAAUUUUGAAGAAAUUAGAAGAAAUGCUGGAAAGCUUAUUGAAGUAAAAUAUAAGGAUUAUUUGAACGAACUCAAAUCAGAUUUAACUGAACAUCCGAAACGUUUUUGGACAUUUAUUAAAGCAAAAACUAGAGCAUAUAGCACUCCUCAAUUUCUGAAAUACGGAAAUGUAUUCGCCACAGACGGCAAGGAUAAAGCUAAUCUCCUGAACAGUUUUUUUCACUCUGUGUUCAAUUCAGGGGUUUCCCCAGAAUCUAGUGAUGAAUACCGCAGUGAGGAAAAUUGUGAAAUUGUAGACAACAGUCUAAGUCAAAUUGUUUUAAACGAGAGUGAAGUGCUAGAUUGUUUAUUAAACCUAGACCAGACGAAAACGGGUGGACAUGAUGAUAUCUCUGCAAGGCUUCUUAAGACGGUUGCAAACGAAAUAACUCCGUCGCUAACACGCCUUUUUAACCUUUCUCUAAGAUUAGGAGAAGUUCCAUCCAUAUGGAAACAGGCGAACGUCACUCCGGUUCCGAAAGUUGGCGACGUGCAUUGCGUUGAAAACUAUAGGCCGAUUUCUCUGCAAUGCAUAGUCUCGAAAGUGUUGGAAAAAUGCAUCUAUAACCGGUGUUAUGACUCUAUUUCCGGAAUUGCACACCAUUUACAACAUGGCUUCUUACGAGGCAGAAAUUGCACAACACAGUUAAUCCAAGUGUAUCACAAGAUUCUUAAAGCACUGGACAAUAAACACUCUGUUGAUGUAAUUUAUCUUGAUUUCCAAAAAGCGUUUGACAAGGUAUCUCACCAUUUAUUGCUCCGUAAAUUAAGCAAACACGGUUUCUAUGGUUCUAUUUUCAACUGGUUUAAAAGUUACUUAUCAGGAAGGAUCCAACGAGUUGCGCUUGACGGUCAUUAUUCUGAAUGGCUCGAUGUGACUUCUGGAGUUCCACAGGGAUCUAUUCUCGGUCCACUGCUUUUUAUAUUGUACAUUAAUGACCUUCCGGAUCAAAUUCAGCAACCAACAGAAAUGGCAUUAUAUGCUGACGACUCAAAAUUAUAUAGAACAAUAAAAUCGGAUGCGGAUACUGAAAAUUUACAGCUAGAUUUAAAUGAAAUGAACUCUUGGACAGAAACGUGGCGUAUGAAAUUUAAUACAAAUAAAUGUAAAGUCAUGAGGUUGUCGCGAAAAAAAAUCCAGUCGCACGUGAGUGAUUAUAUAUUGGGACACGAAUCUCUCGAAUUGGUAAAAACCACCAAAGAUCUUGGAAUAACUGUGAGUGACGAUGUUCGUUGGGGGAAGCAUAUUGCAGAGAUUACGGCAAAAGCAAAUCGAACACUCGGGUUGAUCAAAAGAACCUGCAGAGAUUUUGAAGAUCAAACUGUCAGGAAGCUCCUCUACCUUACAUUGGUCCGGCCGCAGCUGGAAUUUUCAUCAGAGUUGUGGUCCCCGUCAGAAGUAAAAUACCAGCUUAUGUUGGAAGCGGUGCAACGACGAGCUACAAAGUUUAUUUUAAAUUACCCUGACACUGGAUAUAAAGAACGUUUGAUAAAACUUAACCUUCUACCACUUGAUGUCAGGAGAAGUAUGAAAGACUUGUUAUUCUUUCAUAAAUGUAGAACAGGUCUAUUGGAUAUACAUUUACCAGAUUAUGUACAAAGUCGACUUGCUCCUAGAUUAACAUUAGGUCACAUGACGUGAAUAAUUUCACUGAAUUUAAAUGUAGAACUGACUUUUUUAAAAAUUCCUAUUUUCCUCGAGCUGUGACAAUGUGGAACUCGUUAGAUAGUGAUCUCAAAGCAAUUGACAGCUCUAGUACUUUUAAGUCUAGACUUCUUAAGAAAUUUUAUAUAGAACUUAAUGUUUAUGAACUGCCACAUAAGUAGUUUGCAGAGUGUUUCAUUAGUUGUUAAUAUGUAUAUAUAAAUAUAUAGUAGCAAAUGUUAGGUAUAUAUAAACUCUUUAAUAGGUUUUUAAAUUGGUAGUCAUGUUCAAUUGGGGCAAUACCCUGUUUGGCCACCAGUUGUUUUUUUAACUAAUUACUACAUUCUUGUAUUUAGCAGUAUAUAUAGUAGUGCUUGGAUGAUGCAAGUGUGUAUGGUUUUUAAGCAACAAAGUUAUUAAAUCAAAUCAUUAAAUCAAUUUUGCUCGCGUGUCGAAAUAGCGAUAGCCGUAUAUUUCUCAUACAAAAUAUGCCUGUUAAUUUGGAGGAAGCUCUUUCUUUUUUUAAAAGUAAUUAGGCUUCGCAAUUCAGUUGAAACCAGAACAGAGAAAGUAUAUUAUUAAUCUGCUACGUGCUUAAGACGCCGGUUAUCGCGAUUCUACUUCAGGAUACAGAAAAGUUUGAGUUUCAAUUAUACAUUUAUAUCGGCAAAUUAUUAAAGCUUGGUACAUGCUAUUUUAAUAGCUCUGAUCAUCUGAUGCCAGCACGAGCAAGAAUCGAAUAUUUCUUAUAGUUGUCUCGAUAUUUGUUGAGGCUACAUUACUUGGCAUGGCAGCUAUGAAGUUGGACGAUGAUUUUAUAAAGAAUAUUAACAUUUCAAACUAGAGGGCACUCAGAGACUGCAUACAUGACAAGAACAGCCCGGAGAAAGUGUGUAAUUUUUUCGCCCGGGGAGUUAAGGGAUAUAUACCUCAAAAAUUGAGGUUUGCAUCCCAAGAUGCAUUGCGUUCUGAUUCCUUGUGAUGUGAAAAUGGCUUCUGAUAUUUUUCGCUGUAAAGUGCCGAAUUUGUAGUUUUCAUUCCUUGUUAAUCGAGGGAACGAAAGAGAACCGGUAAACAAACGAAAUACACAAAAGGUCUGAGUCAGAAACAGAAUAAUUUAUUAAAAUAUGAUGCUAUAAGAUCAAGUAAUAAGCCGAGGUGAGUUUAAUAGUUCAUAAUUUUUGUUGCGAUUUAAACUAUCUGAUAUAAUUUCGUCUUCGGUCUUGUCUUUGUAUUGACCUUACGAAAGCGUAUUAAUCUUUCGUAGAAUCAUGAUUCAUGAGAGCAUUUCCUGGUUUUCAAGAGUCGUUCUCAACUGUGGACAAUCUCAGUUGGCCUAUUGAUAUAUCACAUACGUUUUACCUGGCCAAAGGAUAUUGUUUUCUGUGGAAGAGAGCUUAGAUUUGCUGGGAAUAAGGGAGCAUGUAAAAUUGCGAGGUUGGAAGAAAAUCAAAAAUUUCUUAGCUGAACAAGGUAUGGAAACUUAAAACUAAUUUGGUAAUAGCAAUACUAUCAUUAGUGUCAUAAUAACUUUGCCAAUAUGAAGAGACUGUAAUUCAUGUUGUGAAAUGAAACAAACUGCCUAGUAUCAGUAUACAUUUAUACUCAAUUUGCAGCAGCUUCUAAUGGUUAUUCAAUUGAGGCUAUUUAUACGCUACAGCAGAAGGUUGUCUUAUUUGUUAUGCUUCAUUAUUUGUUGUUGUUAAUAAUUUAUUAAGUAUUGUGCGGCACAUAUUACUCCCAGGAGAGGGCCGAGUGGGAAUACCAAUUCCAUACCAGGCAUGUUGAAAACCAGCAUUACUAUAGUAGGAUUCAAACAUGUAGUAUGCUAGUAACUAACUAUGAGGUCGGUGUGAAGAAAAGGCGAUGGAAAUCUCGAUGGAAAUCUCGGCCACUUAUAGAAACCGAGUCCGCAUACAGGAAAAUACCUUUUCUCUUAUCUCCAGACGACUUCACCGAGGUAGUAAAGAAGAUCUUCUGGCAGGAUUAUCAUGUUCAGUAGUUGCUGAUGAUGAAAAGACAUUGAUACCAGAAAGCAAGGAAUGGAAUGGGAAGUUUUUGAAAACUGAAUGUGAAUGGUGGAAAUUGUACGGGGAUGCACGUACAUAUGGAAAACAAAAGAGUAUUGCUGUUGCCAUUGGGAACUUAAAUAAUGAACAUGUUCUCAAUGGGUGCAGCUACCAAAGUCCAAAAGAAAUGUGGCCAAUCUGUCUCUUUUAUGGAGGAGACAGCCGUUUGAAUCUUGAGUUAAAUCUCGACGGCAAUUCAGUAUGGUUGAGCAACUGGGUCACCACUAUGGAGACAAUGGUCAUUCUACUUUCGUUAUUGGCGAUUCCAUGUUUCUUGAUGCCAUGGCUGAGCCCUCGCUUGAUCCAACAAGCAAGGACAAGUUUUCCAUUUACAAUUAUGAGACGGUAGAUACCAAAGGCAAAGUGGAUCCAGUAACAGGACUUCGAUCGGGACUGGGAAGAACAAUUGAGCGAGAUCUUCCACAUGCUAUUUUAGAAGGUAAGAGAAGUGUUGAUCACCGUUUUUCCUGCUUCUUGCAACUUUAGCAAGAAAAAUUUUGAUUUUUGCUAUAAUUUGCUCGAUAUUAUAUCUUGAAAUUUCUAGAAUUACUGAGUAUUUUAAUAAAAUACAAAACAAGUGAAACUCCAAAAAUCGAUUAGUCGAAACGUAGAUAAAUAAAAAUGUUAUCGAUUUUUGGAGUUUCACUUGUUUUGUAUAUUAUAUCUUGCAUAGUUACCGUACAUGCAUUGACUGAAAGCAAUAGAUCUAUUCGAAAAAUUGAUGCCAAAACAAGGGUGAAUUUCGUUCUCGCCAAAUUAGAACAUUUGUUUACAUUUGCCCUAAGCCAAUCAGAAAGGCUGUAAGUUAAGAAAAUUGGCGUUUUACGUAUUCUAGCUUAGGAAGAAAAAUGUAAACAAACGUGCUAAUUAUGCGAGAACAAAGUUCCCCCUUGUUGGCUGCCGAUUCAUUUCUCGGAAGGUUAUCAGUUUACUUUGAUCAGCGGUCGCGCGCAUGAAUAUAUUUAAAAAUUUCAAAAUAGCUGAAGUUUUUAGCUGGAUUUUGUUUUAUAUAUUUUUUAUUUCAUCUCAUUUUAAUCCAUUAACCCAUUGAGUUGCAUUGGCUCUGAUGCGUCCUACUUUAGUUUUUUACUUUGUUUAACGCCAGACGAUUUUACUCGUCAAGGGGAGAAAGUUGGCGCUCAAUGCGUUAACUGGCCUAUCUGCCCAUGUGUCUAGUUAACCCAUUGACCUACUUUAGUAUUUUACUCUGUCUAACGCCAGACGAUUUUACUCGUCAAGGGGAGAGCGUUGGCUCUCAAUGGGUUAACAACCAUUGCUCUACCACUGACGAGUAAAAUCGUCUGGCGUUAAUCAGAGUAAAUACUAAACUAGGGCGCAUUGGGGCACAUUGCGCGUUGAUGGGUUAACAAGAGAUGUGUGCAGAUAGACUUGUUAACUCAUUAACCACCAGUGCUCUACCACUGACGAGUAAAUCGUCUGGCGUUAGACAGAGUAAAUACUAAAGUAGGGCGCAUUGGGGCACAUUGCGCGUUGAUGGGUUAACAAGAGAUGUGUGCAGAUAGGCUUGUUAGCCCAUUAACCACCAAUACAUUACCACUGACUAGUAAAAUCGCCUGGCGUUAGACAGAGUACAGUAAAUACUAAAAUAGGGCGCAUUUGGACGCAUUGCUCGUUAAUGGGUUAACACAAGAUGUGGACAGAUAUGUAUGUAGGCUUGUUAACCCAUUAACCACCAGUGCUGUACCACUGACUAGUAAAAUUGCCUGGCAUCAGACAGAGUAAAUACUAAAGUAGGGUGCAUUUGGCGCAUUGGUCGUUAAUGGGUUAAUAUACAAUCUAAUAUUUAAAUCCAAAAUUUCAGGCGCCCCAUAUCUAUAGUCGUUCGCGAGAUAUAAACCUUUGAAAUAUGAAUUCCUUAAACCCUGCCUGGGUAAGCUUUUUUGAGACAAGCUGAGCCUGAGACAAUCUCUGAAAUUUUCCUGGGCAAGGAUAUGUACUGUACCUUAGAGGCUGCUUUCCAGUCAUACGUGCGUACACGUACGGAAAAGUUGAAAUGUCUUUAAAUGUUACUUAUGAAACAACGUAGGGCGCAUUAGGGCGCAUUGCGCGUUAAUGCGUUAAACUUAUAGACAGGAACCUAAUCAAACAAAGAGGCAAAGUAUAUUAACAAAUUUUUACAUUUCAAAUUUUACUGAUAAAUGAUGAGAUUUAAAUUGUAAUGUUCAUCUAAGGAGUUUCACCUUCUCAUGUUGUGGUGUUGUAGUAUGUUUGAUCAACAAGCAAGAGUAGUCCGCAAUAAAUUAGCCUUAAUAAGUACAUAACUUUUUAAAAACUCUUCUACUCAAUCGAUUUUUAUGAGUUUUUGACCACCAUAUAGCUCUUUUUUGUCGGAAUCAGAUUAUUUUUGUUGCUAUAGCAACCAAACCUGGAACAAAAUGCAAGGGGCGCAAACAAGUUAUACAUAAUCUGAUAUAAUAUUAAUUAUAAUUUAAACCCGUUGUAGGCCUCCCAACUGAAAGACAUGUCUUGUGCAGUGAUCAUAUGAUGACACGCAUCACAGAAAGCCUCCUCACACGCAAAGUGAAGUCCAUCUAUGAUAUGGAAGCAAAGUCAAUGAUCAAUAAGAAAGAGCGCGACAACCUACAGUAGUCCAGCGACUCGAGUCCAACAUCAAUGCAAGAGGUGUACGAGGAGGUCACUUCAAAUUUCUUUUCGAAGCUGGGAAGAACAGACUUGAACAGGUGUCUUUAAACAAGACAUCUGCUCAAUUGAUAUCUGCUCCACCCGAAUUCUUCAAAGAUGAAAGUUACCCACAUCUAUUAGAAGGAGUCUCUCAAGACAUUGUCUUGCCCAAACCAUUUCCCCCAGGUCUACAACAGGCUCUUCAGUUGUCAUCACCAAGAAUUACCGAAUUCGAGUGUGAAUCUCUGUUGUGGGAACACCACUUCAACAUGCAUAAGAUUAAUCGAAUGCAACCUACUCCAGUGCUUGUGAACCCAGAGAAGAAUGGAUCCUUAAACCCAAGUGAUUAUGUAUUUGGUGUGACAGACGAGAAGAUAGAAAGUUAUACUAAAUCGGCAGACAUCUUUCAUGGGCUCAUGUGCUACCGCUAUGGAAGUGACGCUCUGACUCCUUACAUGACUAAAUGCAUUGACAUUGUCCCGAUUUUUCUACAAUCUUUGCCAUUCAAAUCAAUGAUGAGGAUGUCAACCGAAGGAGGAGAGAGAAUGCACCACUACAUGCAUCAACAAAGGUUCUUCCAGCAUUCAUCUCGUGGCGGUGGUUGAGUAUAUCAAGACCCUUUGCUCAAUGUAUUUAACCACAUGUAUAGGCAGAUACAAGAACGUGUUAAUGCUACAGAUAAAGAGAAUCAGGAACAAUUUGCUGCAUUUGUGGAGGAUUGCUUACAAGGCAGACAUGAUAAUGGCUUGGUUUCGGCAACAUUGACAUCCGUGGCUGUUGACCAAUUCUUUCCUCUGCAUGGCAAACGGUUUGCUCUGGUUGGGUCAUUUGGUUCUGUCAAACUUACUCAGGAGAAAUUGAAAGAUAUUAUAACUGACAAAGGCAUGUGUAUCUGUGCUCACUAA